GUUUGCGUUUGCGCGAAGUGCUAAAUAAUAAAUAUUGCAAUUUCUAAUUUGCAAAUUCCAAACACACCAGACUAGAAAUUAUAUUCAUUACUGGUACUUACAUAAUCAGUGUUAAAUCAAGAUUGUUAUUCGUAAACAAUAUUGCUUUCUCUCUAAUUAAUCAUAACCGCAUUUUACCAACUGAAUGUAAACCAUAUUUUUCCUGAUCAUUGUUUCCUCUUUUUAAAGAAACAACUCAUUAAUUCCCUUGUAUAUUAAUUAUAAAUGGCUAAACAAGUAGCAGAAGUGGAAAUCCACGCGAGUGAUUCGCUUAAGAAUGAUGCUGAUGACUUAGACAUAAGCGUUGAUUUAAUCGAUGACGGACUUUUUUUGGGUAACCUAGCAUGUGCCAGAGACCACAAGACACUUGAGAAGCUGAAGAUAACACACAUUCUUACAUUGGACCUAGUUCCACUUCCCCGAACAGUACUUGACCGUCACACCUUUACCUUCAAGUUUGUGAAAUUGGCCGAUAUACCAAAAGAAGAUUUGAUUACUCAGCUACCAACCUGCAAUGAGUUUAUUAAAGAGGCUAUUGCAAAUGGAGGGACUGUGCUUGUACAUUGCUACUUUGGUGUAUCAAGAUCAGCAGCCAUUGUUAUUGGGUACAUUAUGGAGAAAUAUUGUCUUUGCUAUGAAGAUGCUUUUGUCCUUGUGAAAAGCAAGCGUAGGUUCAUUGGACCAAAUGUGGGGUUUGUAGCUCAACUGAAGUUAUUUGGACAUAUGGGAUAUCAGUUAAACAGGGAUGAUCCAAGGUUUAAGCAGUUCAGAUUGAAAAUGGCAGGACAGAAAUUAAAACAAGUAAAAAUCCUGCCGCAGCUAUUCGCAGAUUUGGUGAAGCCAGAUCCAGGUCUUGUUAGAGAGCGGCCGGAUCCCAUCGUGUACAGAUGUAAAAAAUGUCGUCGAAUAGUGGCCGGACAAAGCAAUAUUAUACCGCACAUACCCAAACAGGUAAAAAUAGAAUUAGCAAAAAAGGGAAUGCGGCCUCCUCCCAGUACUCUAACAGGACUCACAUGUGCCGAGAAUGGACAAUUGCUGAUUGACAAACUAAAGAGCCUCGCUUGUCAGAUCAUUGAAGAUAAAGAUUGUGGAGUCACAGUGCAUGAUGAUGGACCGAGUCAGGUGCUGGACGGAUAUAAUGAGGAGAAUAUGGUAGAUGCAUGCAUAACACGCGCGGACGCGGUAGAGGCGUGUCGUUUGAUGUGGUUUGUGGAGCCCAUGGCCUGGAUGCCAGAUGUCACGCGGGAACCAUCUGGGAAGUUGCACUGCCCUAAGUGUAAUAAUAAGAUCGGCAGCUUUAGCUGGCUCAUGGGAUGUAAGUGUCCAUGUGGGCAAAAGGUGGCGCCAGCGUUUUACUUAGUCCCAUCAAAGGUCGAAUGGUCUAAUAUCGUGCAAAAUGUUCAGGUCACUCUUUAAAUUACAACUUAAAAUAUAGUGAACGGAAAGAUUGGUUAUGUAGGAACCGCAAGUAUUAAGCGUGUCGUUGAAGAAAAUAGAUGCAUAUUAAAGGAUUCUAGUAUAAAAUUCGACCAAAUUCGACGAAAAGAAAUAUAAUUUGUAUAUCUUAAAUCCAGAGACAAUUUUGCCAAAUUGUAUCUCUCCGUGUCGCUACAGCUUUCCAUUUGGUGCAAAAUUGUUAUUUAAAUAAUGUAUGUAUGUUCGUUUAUUUCUACCAACCAGCAGAUCAUAUUGUUCCUAUGCGUUAGAAUAGAGCUCAAUAUUUACACAAUUUUAUUGUUAUGAAUUUGACAAUUCGUUGCAAUAAUCAAUAUAAUUAGAUUUAUUAAAUAAUGAGAGCAACGGCUGGCUUUCGAGCGAUUUCUUUCACAAGAAGUGUAAAACUUCAAAUGAUAUAAAGAACUUAAAGGAGACAUGAAUCAUGAUUUCUAAAUAAUGUUAGGGAUACGAUGUGGCCAAGUAAUUAUUGUAUAUACGAUAGUGAAGGAGGAAGAGGAAGAGGAUUCGCCACGAAAGGAAAAGUGUUGAGAAUUCAUGUACUCUUUCGGAAGAGCGUAGGCUAUAGGAAUGGGGACCCUUUCAAGUCGAUCUUGAUGUAAAGAAUUUUAGGAUUGAAGAUGGUGUUAUAACGUAUGACCAAUCUAACCAGUGACUAGCGUGAAGGCCUCAGUAUAGCCGUAAGUAUCGCUUCAUAACUAAUAAAUUUGGGUUCUAUUCCUGUUUUUUCUGGACCAUGCCUUCGUUAAGAAUGGUACUGAGUUCUUGACUUUAGGUAGGCCAUAGAUUAUAUAUGAAAAACUUUUCCGGUUUAAAACUGAAAUAAUUAUAGAUUGUUGUUCAAUAUGUGUAUAUUCUAUAUCGAAAACUUUCUUAAAAAUAUUUGUAGUGUUAUGAAUAAGAUCGUUACUCGAAAUGGUUGGAUUUGUGUAAUGUUAGGCAGAGAUAGCUUAUAUGAACACUUGUUUUAAAAGAAGUUGCAGAGAGUUUAUUGUUAGUUUGUCUGUUCUCUGUGUCUGGUUUGUGAACUGGCAGGUAAUAUAAAUUAAGAAAAAAAAAUUAAUAAGUUAAUAAGUGUAUAAAAUACCUAUAAAUCAUUGAUAUUGAUUUAACAAAUGCACUGUUCUGUCCCUUUUAAUCACCGCGUAAACGCAAUAUAUAAAAAAGGAAUUAGUAUUUUACAGGCGACUACCUCGACAAUAUUGCCGUAGGAAAAAUUAAAAAAAAACAAACAGUCGCGAAAAGCAGUCAAACGAUAGAUUUUAUUUCCUAAAUGGUAUAAAAUCAAACAAAUUUGACUUUUAGGUAUAAUUUGAAUCACUGUGUACAAUAACUGUCUUUCCAUCUAUA